AGAAGGAAACACACCCAACCCGAACGUUAGAACCGCUUCUCCUCACUUCGUAUAUAAACUUCCGUUUCCCGGCGACGCUCUGAAAAACGCGAGAGCGGAAGAGAAAAGAGAGAGAGCGAAGAGAGAGACCUAAAUCCCUCCGUCGCGAGAGAGGGAGAAAAAACGCGAUUUUCCCCCGAGAAAAUCCGGGCGUGCCGGCGCCGGGAGAUUUGCCACCCCGAUCGGAGCUGCCCGCACGCUCCGGCUGUUUCCCCCGCGAGUUGGCCUCGCACGGUGAUGGUGUGUAGCGAAGGAGGGUUCGUCGGCGAGAGAGGACGAGUCCGUGCUUCCAUGGCGAUGGGCCCCGAGAGAUCGAAGCCGCUCCACAAUUUCACGCUCCCGCGCCUCCGCUGGGGCAGCCAGCGCUACAUGCGGUGUAUGAAGGUGGCCGCCGCCGACUCCUCCUCCGCCGCCGCCGCCGCCGCCGAUCGCCGAUCCCCCGCCAGAUCUCACUCCUCCUUCCAGCGGAGGGAGCCGGGUUUCGAGCGGCGGAGGUGGUUCGCGCGCGAUUCGGACCCGGGAAGGAGGGCCGGCGGGAUCGUCGGUGCCGCCGCCACCGCCGCCGGGGAGGACGAUGACGACGACGACGAGGACGGCGGCGGCGACUGCGGGAUCGAGGCGGUGAGGCAGAAGCUGAUGUUUGAUCUGCGGGCCGAGACGGACAAGAUGAAGGACGAGCUGCUGAGGGAGGAGGUGGAAUCGGUGGCCGCCGCCGCCGCGGCCGCUGCGGCAGAGGAGGCCGUGGCUGAGUCCGGUGCUGCUGCGGCGGCGGCGGCGGCGGAGGAGUCGAAGCCGUGGAAUCUGAGGAGAGGAGGGCGGCGUGCAAGGCUCCGAUCGUCGUCGGCGGCGGCGGCGGCGGCGGCGGGGAGAGUUAAUAGCUCUCCGUUGAGGACCGAGGAGGCCGCCGCCGCCGGCGGAAACGACACGAAGUCGUCGCCCAGGGUCCUGAGAGGUAACAGCGGUGGCGCGACGCAGAAGACGGAGGAGAGAGCGAAGUUCGCGGUGGCGCUGAAGCGAAAGGAAAUUGAGGAGGACUUCAUGGAGAUGGUGGGGCACCGACCGCCCCGGCGGUUCAAGAAGCGUCCCAAAAAUGUACAGAAGCAAUUGGAUUUGCUUUUCCCGGGGCUGUGGUUGACGGAGAUCUCGGCGGACACUUACAAAGUCGACGAGAAUCCUGAAAACGGCAAGAGGUAGUGAAGGGUUGACCUUUCGAAUUGGAAAAUUUGAUGUUCAAAGGUCCGUGCUUGCUGACUGCUGGUGACAUUCGGGGGCUCCCUGCGUAUUGGUUCAGACUACCUCUCUGAAUUUGAAAUGUAAAAAAGAUAUGGAGCUUCCUUUCUUUUUUAGAUCAGUUUUUUCCUUUUUUCCUUUUCCUUCUUGUUCUUGCUGAAAUAGCUAAUUUUGAUAAGGUAGGCAGAUUCUAUUUAUAUUUCUUUCCAUUAAUCUCAAUAAGCUUCUACAAAGUGGGAACACCGGUGAAUGUUGUUAAUCCAGAAAGAACUUUUGGGAAUUGAAUUGUUACUGUUGCUGAUCAAGUGGCAUGGGUUGCAAUG